GCAAACUGAAUUCGAAAGUCUGAGAAAGUGUGCCGCAAAUCGCUGCUCUAGACGUGCGCCUGUCCGACGAUCCCUCAGCAGGGGAAUUGCUUAGCAGGGCGAACCUUGCCGGGCGGCUGAGGGAAUUUUCCGCUUCGGACGGGCACACGGUGGGUUUGAACGCCGCCAUGGCAGAGGCGGAAGUCGUCGAGCGAUUUCCCGCCACUGUGCAGGUGGUAGGGGCGCCAGAGCCUGUCAUCAAUCAGCACUACAAGCGAGUGCCUGACGCGGUGAUCGUCGGUGCGUUUGACUCAUUGGUGCGCGAUUUCCUGGUUCAAGUGGCAUGCAGCAUGCGGGAUCGUUUAGGUCAUGAGGUUUGAGUCCUCAAACCUCAAUGACCUUGUUUAAAUUGGUUUGUGAGGUCUGAACGGUGUCGAUUUCUUCAAGUCACCGUCCCCAGAGGCAAAACACCAACUCAGUUGGUGCGAUCUCAGCUUUGGAACGAACAACACGCUGGGGUCCACCAUGUUGGCAACCUCCGACCCGCUCCAACCAUCAAACCUUGGUAUUCUCACUCUGCCAGACGGUCCGAACCAUCGAGUGGUGUUCGGUCCGAGCUCUCUAGGGUCGCCCCGAGUGGUGUUCGGUCUGAGGUUUCUUAGAAUCAUGAUAGACCUGGAUAAUCCGACUGUGACACAUUGUCUGCAAUAAAAAGCGGCCAAGAUAGGCAGACAGUUGGCAUAGUUGGAAGACAUUGGAAGAUCCAGGUAUAUGCUGCAUGUUCAGUUCAAUCAUGUUCAAUCUGUAUGUGUUUUGUGUUUUGGCAUAUUACGUAAACUGGCCCCAAGUUGUGAAGCAUGAUCCGGUUGCUUUUGGGGUGAAAGUUCAUGGCUUCAUUUUCUCCACCCAUUCUCCACCACUUUAUGAUGCGGAUGUGAUGAGAAUGGCUCUCCCGGUUUAGCAAUUGCCCCCCCAAGGCCACCCACAUGGAUGCCUGCAUGCUCAGCAUCAUGGGCAAAUGCUCUGCUCUACCUAAGUAGGAGAAGCACCCAAUCGCCAGGUGCUAUGAAUGAAGGGUCCCGACUAGCGAGGUGGAAGCACAUGCGUGUUCAGCCUUUGCAGAGAGCGAGCGAGAAAGAGAGAGAAAGAGAGAAAGAAAAAAAACAGAAAGAAAGAAAGAAAGAAAGAGCAUGAAUGAAUGAUGAGUGAAUGAAUGAAUGAAAAAAAUAAAAACAUAAUGAAAAGAAAAGAAAAGAAAGACCCUCCUGGUCCCGUGGUGCACGAUCUCCACAAGUGGAUGAAACAUCUCCAUUCCCAAAGCUGCCCCAUUCCUUCUGCUUCGACCAUGGCAUGCUGAUGUGGUAGGCUCAUGGAUGUCAUGUUUGUUCCGGUGAUGACAUGCUUCGAGAAUCGCUUGGCGGGUCGAGCCCGCGAAGGCUAUAGGGUUCCCACGCAACCGCGAGCAAGGAGCUCGAAUCAUGCCGGACAUGUGACCUUAGCUGCCUCGCCACAGGUGACCUUAGCCCAGUUGCGACAACAUAAAAAGGUGAAGCAGCAGAUGGCCAACGGCCUGGAUGUAGCCUACAUGGGCGAAAGGCCCGACCAGAAGCGCCGUUGGCCGUACAUUUGGUUUCAACAUGACCAAAUCAAAAUCGCGAUGAUGGGAGACAACUCUUCGAGAUACUUCGCAAACCUCCAUCCCUUUGGCUUUGGGCCAACGCAGCAGUGGGUCGACGCAGAGAAUCAGUUCCUGACAGAGCUGCGGGUUUUGCCUGCGAAGGGUUCGGACACCGACUCCAGCGAGGCAUGCGAGCUGGAGUUGGAGCCGGAGAAAGAAGCGAACUGCCCUCAGCUCGAAGAGGUGCACCGUGCAGAACUCCGGGAGCAAGGCUUCACGGUGGUGGGUCCCACCGCGGCGUUUCGCUGCGCGGUGCUGGACGCGCUGCGAUUGGCCAACAUGCUCCUGGGAGCCGCGGUGAACUGGAGUUUGGGCAACUUCUCAGCACCGUGGGCGGACAAGCUGCUGGCGUCCAAUUCGGAGGGCUGCCACAACCUACGUGUCCGCCUCAACGACGAGGCCAGCGCUCCCUUUGCCAAGGUGUUGAGCUUCAUCCUGCCACUGGCCGAAGAGUUGAUGCAGGAGCCAGUGGAAGUCCCGAAUUGCUGUCAGUUGGCGUCACUGCCUCCGGACGGAGCUCCGACCAGUGACUGGACGUCGCAGGGUGACCAAACGACCACGUACCACGUGGAUGGAAGAGGGCAAUUGAAGAACAACAUCGCCCUCAUCGUUGGCGUCGCCUUGACACCACCGGAGAGGUCAUCUAGUUCAUGGGGAGCCUUCGUCUGUCAUCCUGGCAGCCACCGCAACGCGAGACUGCACCAGCAGUACACGGACCAGUACGAAGGCCGUGUGGAACCGAUGGACUUGGGAUCGCCACACAUGGUGCCAUUGGGGCAAGCGGACCUUUUGGUUGCGCAUCCCUUGUUGGCCCAUCGCCGUUCGCAGAACUGGACCGGCGGCGAGAGCUGUUUUAGUGUCGCUGCGCCGUUGUGUUUUGGCGCGCUGGCGGUGUGGGGGCGGUUGGAGAUGUGUAGAGGGGUGAAGCUGGGGUGAAGGGGGGGAGAGAUCCAUGGAGUCACGUGUUUGCUUGGCCAUCCUGGAGAAUGAACGUCGCUUUCCUUUCGUGCACGACGGUCGGUGGACGUCACCAGUCCCAGUCGGUCGGUCGUGUUUCGGCUUCCCCGAAGCAAGGUGCCUUGAAGGCGUCCGACUGCAGCAGCAGAAGUAAAAACAACAUCCAAAGGAGUUGCAGUUGGAGGCACUGGGUCUACUACAGGCUCAGGCCACGUUCUGCACAGCAGAACCCAAGCUGGCAGGAUGGUGAUCCUGGGCAGCAGAAAGGGGGACAACUGGUGAAGCUGAAGCGAGUCGGUGAACAGAGCCCCGGAGUCAAAGAGCCAAGACUGACCUUCUUGGGAUUCCAACCCCGGCAUGUAAAAGUAGGUCACCCCACAUGUUUGUUGUAACGCAGGUUGAACUGCUUUUUCCUAUAGACAACAACAACAUGAAACCAUAAAACUCCGG